AUGGAGGAGGAGAAUCCGAGCUCGAAGAGACAGAAGGUGGGAGACGGCGGCGAUGCACCACCACCACCGGCUUCAUUUGUAGAAAAUGCAUUACUUCCACUGGCCUCAUACGAUGAUGAUGACGAGGAGGUGGUUGAGGGUGUGAAUGUGGUGGUUCCUCAAAAUAUGAACCACCAGGUUGACGAUGAUAAUGAUGAUGAGGAAGAGCAUUUUGGAAACGGCAAUGUCGGGAACCGUAAUCAGUCUAUCAUUUUGAGGCGGGAUUGCCCUUAUCUGGAUACCGUUAAUCGACAGGUUUUGGAUUUUGACUUUGAAAAAUUUUGCUCUGUUUCCCUCUCCAAUUUGAAUGUCUAUGCAUGUUUGGUUUGUGGGAAGUACUUUCAAGGGAGGGGGCAAAAGUCCCAUGCAUAUACUCACAGUCUGGAAGCCGGACACCAUGUAUACAUUAAUCUUCGGACAGAGAAAGUUUAUUGCCUCCCUGAUGGCUACGAAAUUAUUGACCCAUCACUGGAUGAUAUACGACAUGUUCUUAACCCAAGGUUUACUAGGGAACAAGUUGAGCAGCUUGACAAGAAUAAGCAGUGGUCAAGGGCACUUGACGGAUCAGAUUAUCUUCCCGGAAUGGUGGGACUAAAUAACAUCAAGGAGACUGAUUUUGUUAAUGUGACUAUUCAAUCCUUAAUGCGAGUUACUCCUCUGAGGAAUUUUUUCCUUAUCCCGGAAAACUAUCAGCACAGCAAAUCUCCGCUUGUUCAUCGCUUUGGAGAGCUUACACGAAAAAUUUGGCAUGCCAGAAACUUCAAGGGACAGGUUAGUCCUCAUGAGUUCUUGCAGGCGGUUAUGAAAGCCAGUAAAAAGCGGUUUCGAAUUGGUCAACAGUCUGACCCAGUUGAGUUUAUGUCAUGGCUACUUAAUACUUUACAUACAGAUCUUAGGACUUCAAAGAAAAGUAGCAGCAUCAUACACCAGUGCUUUCAGGGAGAACUGGAGGUAGUGAGGGAAAUUAAUAGUCAGCCCAUGAUUGAAAGAAAAGAAAAUGGAGAUGCUGGAGAAAACGGAAGUGAGGUGCCUCAUCUUCAUUCAGAGCGGAUGCCAUUCUUAAUGCUUGGUUUGGACUUGCCACCACCCCCACUGUUCAAAGACGUUAUGGAGAAAAAUAUUAUUCCACAGGUUCCCCUUUUCAACAUCCUAAAGAAAUUUGAUGGUGAGACAGUGACGGAAAUUGUGCGACCUAAGAUGGCCAGGAUGAGGUAUCGUGUGACUAAGCUGCCAAAAUACCUAAUUCUUCAUGUGCAGCGGUUUACAAAGAAUAACUUCUUCGUGGAAAAAAAUCCUACGCUGGUCAAUUUUCCUGUGAAGAAUCUCGAGCUCAAGGACUACAUUCCGCUUCCAGCGCCAAAAGAGAAUGAAAAACUACGGUCCAAGUAUGAUUUGAUUUCGAAUAUCGUUCAUGAUGGCAAACCAGGUGAAGGGUCAUACCGUGUGUUUGUACAGCGAAAAUCAGAGGAGUUAUGGUAUGAGAUGCAAGAUCUCCAUGUCUCAGAAACACUUCCUCAGAUGGUUGCACUUUCCGAAACAUACAUGCAGAUUUAUGAACAGCAGCAGCAAUUACCUUAAAGGAGUUUGCCUGAAAUGCAUAGUGGGGCUUGAUAUCACACCAUGAUGUGGCUUGUUCAUUCUAUUCGUGGCUGUUUCAGCCCUAUGCUUUAGGUUCGUUGGCCAGGAAGACCAUGGCUGGACUGGUGCAUGCCCCUCACUAUGGUAUGAAAACUUUCGGGCGUCAAAGCUGGAAAACCCAAGGGCAUCGUAGUAAGAGAGUUGAAGUCUGUUCCUUUUCCAGUAUGUUUGGCUUAAUAAUUUUUUGUUUCCUGAUAAUGUUGUGGUACAGUUCAUUAUUGAGUUGAAUCUGUAAACUCUUAAUUUACUUGAUGUUUUAGUAGUAAUGAAUACAUUGUUCACUCAUUGAUUGUAGUUGUUUCUGGGACCAUGGUAAAUUGAAAGUAACCGAAAGAUUAAAUAUAGGAAAGUCGCGAGAAUCUAUCUCGAAGCAAUGGCUUUCAAUUGCUAUAAAUGCAAUAAUGGUGCUUUGAGCAUCUUCCGCUCAUUAGUUUGGAUGAAGGCACUUUACUGUGGGUGAUUGAAAGAUGCUGACAUCAUAAUUUUGUCACUUCUAUUUUCUUUCUGGAAUAAAGUUUUUUGUACUUUGCAGUCAUUGUCUUUAUGAUUUUGUGAGAUUUUG